GCCAGACGCGGGCUCACCCCGGCUCCGGCUCUCUCUCGCAACCCCGCCCGCGCGUCCCGGGGGCCCUGCACCCUGCGCGCCCCGGCUGCCGCCCAGCGCCCUGCACACGGGGGAGGCGCCUCUCGGGCGCCCUCCGGCCGGGAUGCCAGUGCCCGGCGCCCGGCGCGCCUUCGCCGGCAGCCUGCCCGCGGCCUGCCCGCGGCCUUUAUACCGAGCGGGCUGGGCACUCACUAAUGUUUAACUCGGGGCAGAAACUUGGGAGCGCAGAGUGACUCCGCGGUCCCGAGCGGCGGAGCUGGACGCGGUCUCUGCGGCUCGCCUGACUUCUGCCUGCGCUCCUGCUCCGAACACUCAGUUCCGGGCCCACACCGACGAUGAAGACGCCGUGGAAAGUGCUCCUGGGACUGCUGGGGCUCGCUGCGCUCGUCACCGUCAUCACCGUGCCCGUGGUUCUGCUGAACAAAGGCAAUGAUGGUGCAGCUGACAGCCGCAGAACUUACACUCUAACUGAUUAUUUAAAAAAUACUUUUAGGAUGAAAUUCUACUCCCUGCGUUGGAUUUCAGAUCAGGAAUACCUCUACAAACAAGAAAAUAAUAUCUUGCUAUUCAAUGCUGAAUACGGAAACAGCUCCAUUUUCCUGGAAAACAGUACAUUUGAGGAAUUUGAACACUCUAUAAAUGAUUAUUCGGUAUCUCCUGAUGGACAGUUUAUUCUCUUAGAGUACAACUAUGUGAAGCAAUGGAGACAUUCUUACACAGCUUCAUAUGACAUCUAUGACUUAGCUAAAAGGAGGCUAGUUACAGAAGAGAAAAUUCCAAACAACACACAGUGGAUCACAUGGUCACCAGAGGGUCAUAAAUUGGCAUAUGUUUGGAACAAUGAUGUUUAUGUUAAAAAUGAACCAAAUUCAUCAAGUCAGAGGAUCACGUGGACGGGGGAAGAAAAUGUAAUAUCCAAUGGAAUAACUGACUGGGUUUAUGAAGAGGAAAUCUUCAGUACCUACUCUGCUCUGUGGUGGUCUCCAAAAGGCACUUUUUUAGCAUAUGCCCAAUUUAACGACACAGAAGUCCCGCUUAUUGAAUACUCCUUCUACUCUGACGAGUCACUGCAGUACCCAAAGACUGUGCGGAUUCCAUAUCCAAAGGCAGGAGCUGUAAAUCCAACCGUAAAGUUCUUUGUUGUCAAAACCGACAAUUUCGACCCAAACACCAACGCAACUCCAAAAGAAAUCUCUCCUCCUGCUGCUAUUUCAGCAAUGGGGGAUUACUACUUGUGUGAUGUGACAUGGGUAAAUGAAGAAAGGAUUUCCUUGCAGUGGCUCCGAAGGAUUCAGAACUAUUCACUCAUGGGUAUUUGUGACUAUGAUAAUUCCACCAACAGUUGGACAAGUCCAGUGGCACAAGAACACACUGAAACGAGCACCACUGGCUGGGUUGGAAGAUUUAGGCCUUCAGAACCUCAUUUUACCUCCGACGGGAAGAGCUUCUAUAAGAUCAUCAGCAACCAAGAUGGCUACAAACACAUUUGCCUAUUCCAAAUAGAUAAGCAAGGUUGCACAUUUAUUACAAAAGGAGCUUGGGAAGUCAUCGGGAUAGAAGCUCUUACCAGUGAUUACCUAUACUACAUUAGUAAUGAAUAUAAAGGAAUGCCAGGAGGAAGAAAUCUUUAUAAAAUCCAACUGAGUAACUACACAAAGGUGACAUGCCUGAGUUGUGAGUUGAAUCCAGAAAGGUGUCAGUACUAUUCUGUAUCAUUUAGUAAAGAGGCAAAGUACUAUCAACUGAGGUGUUCAGGCCCUGGUCUACCCCUCUAUACUCUGCAUAGUAGCAGCGACGAUAAAGAACUGAGAGUCCUGGAAGACAAUUCAGCUUUGGAUAAAAUGCUGCAGGAUGUCCAGAUGCCCUCAAAAAAACUGGAUUUCAUUAUUUUGAAUGAAACAAAAUUCUGGUAUCAGAUGAUCUUGCCUCCUCAUUUUGAUACAUCCAAGAAAUAUCCUCUACUAAUAGAUGUAUAUGCAGGCCCGUGUAGUCAAAAAGCAGACGCUGUCUUCAGACUCAACUGGGCUACUUACCUUGCAAGCACAGAAAACGUUAUCGUAGCUAGCUUUGAUGGCAGAGGAAGUGGUUACCAAGGAGAUAAGAUCAUGCACGCAGUCAACAGAAGACUGGGAACAUUUGAAGUUGAAGAUCAAAUUGAAGCAGCCAGACAAUUUUCAAAAAUGGGAUUUGUGGAUGACAAGCGGAUUGCAAUUUGGGGCUGGUCAUAUGGAGGGUACGUAACCUCAAUGGUCCUGGGAGCCGGCAGUGGCGUGUUCAAGUGCGGGAUAGCCGUGGCACCUGUCUCACGGUGGGAGUACUAUGACUCAGUGUAUACAGAACGUUACAUGGGUCUCCCAACUCCAGAAGACAACCUUGACCAUUACAGGAAUUCAACAGUCAUGAGCAGAGCUGAAAAUUUUAAACAAGUUGAGUACCUCCUUAUUCAUGGAACAGCAGAUGAUAACGUUCACUUUCAGCAGUCAGCUCAGAUCUCCAAAGCCCUGGUGGAUGCUGGAGUGGAUUUCCAAGCAAUGUGGUAUACAGACGAGGACCACGGAAUCGCCAGCAGCACGGCACACCAGCAUAUAUACACCCACAUGAGCCACUUCAUAAAACAGUGCUUCUCUUUACCCUAGCGCCUCAAAACAGCAUGCCCGACCUUAUUAAAAGCCAUUUUUGUUCUAUCUCAAAACUGCACUUUUCAGAUGAUGAUCUUAAAAAGUACACUCAAAUCAAGAAAUUCAAGGUUACCUUCGUUCCCAAAUUUCACGUCUGUAACCCUAAGUAGGGACUUCUGUCUUCGCAACAGAUUAUUACCUUACUGAAGUUUGAAUUAUUCCGUCUGGUUUUGUUUAUUAUUUAAAAUCAUUUCCACAUCCGUUGCUGAAACAACAAAUAUGAAUUGUUUUUAUGGGAGCUUUGCAUAGGUUCCCAGGGAAGCAUUAUAUUCUUUUCUAACUGGACCAGUCCAAAUCUCGUUCUCUUCUUUAAAGGGAUGGCAAGAUGCGGGCAGUGACGUCACUGAGGCAGGGGUAAGAAGGGCAAGGGGAGGGGAGGGAAGGAAGCUAGUAGGCCUGGCUGGGAACCCACGUCCGAGCACGAUGACCUGACCAGGCAUCUUCUCUUAGAGAACAGCUGUUCACAGGCAGACUGGCACGGUUUUCUGAGAAAGACUAUUCAAACAGUCUCAGGAAAUCAUCUCUGCAAAGCACUGACUUCUGAGUAAAACCACAGCAGUUGAACAGACUCCAAAGAAAAGAGAGGGAAUCUGCCAACAGUGCGAGGCCCCCAGGUGCGAGCUCCUGGCUAUAGGUCCUACAAACCCACGGCAGUGGGGAGGCGCCGUAAACGUGCCUUAAAACUACUGGUGUCUCCCAGGGCAAGGGGCAGCUUGGAACGGAGAUGUGAACACAUCAGCUCGCCCUGCUAAAAGACGAAAAUAUUUGUAUCACAAAUUCGAACUUGAAUUUGUCCUUGCAUCAGUUUUUCUUAGUUCAUUUCAUGGAGCAUCUUAAUGAAAAGGAUAUUUUAAUGUCCUUGGACUUGUUUUUAAAAAUCGAAAAUAAACUACAAAGUUAUGUAUUGUUAUUCCCAUUCUACAUACUGUGGAAUUUCUCCUGGUCAUUUAAUAAAUGUUCCCGCAUUUUUUCA